AUGGCUUUACCACGAAAUAUUCUACCAGCUGAUCCAGUACCGCAUUACUACACUGUAAAUAUUACACCUGAUUUUGAUACAUUUUUAUUUACAGGACAUGUUGAAAUAAAAAUUACCGCCAGAAAGCCUCAAAAAAGUAUCACACUCAACUAUAAUGAGUUGACAUUUGUUAAAGUAUCACUUAAAACCCUUGACAAUCCAUCGAACGUUGAAGAAGUUCCUGUUAAUGCAAUAAUAUUGGAUGAGGGUGAAAUGAAGGCCGUAUUUCCUCUGAAAAAUAGUUUCUCUGGGGAAGCCAUUCUUUCAAUUGAUUAUACAGGUAUAAUCAAUGAUAAACUUGCUGGUUUUUACAGAAGCAAAUAUGUUGCUAAUAGAAAAGAUUCAUAUAUGGGCACAACACAAUUUGAAGCUGUGGAUGCUCGUCGUGCAAUUCCUUGUUGGGAUGAACCAGCGGUGAAGGCCGUUUUUGAAAUGAUAAUAACUGCUCCAUCAAAUAUGUUAGUGCUUUCUAACAUGCCACACUGUAAGAAAGAAAAUCUUGGGACCCAGACUCGUUGGUUUUUUGAACCAACUCCAAAGAUGUCAACUUAUCUUCUUGCUUGGACAAUUGCGGAAUUUGACUCUAUUCAACGUACUAUAAAAAAAACACAUAAAAAUAUUAAUGGUGAGGUUGAAGAAACACUUGUUCGUGUAUUUACUCCUCAGGGGAAAAAAUCCCAGGCUUCUUUUGCUCUUGAUGUUGCCUGUAAAGUUCUUCCACUUUAUGAGGAAUUUUUUGAAUCAAAUUAUAUUCUCCCAAAAGUUGAUCUUCUUGCUAUUCCAGAUUUUGCUGCAGGAGCUAUGGAAAAUUGGGGUCUUAUUACUUAUCGAGAAGUCGCUCUUUUGUGUGAUGAAAGUUCAAGUGCUGCUCAUCGCCAAUAUGUUGCUAUUGUUGUGGCUCAUGAGUUGGCUCAUCAGUGGUUUGGUAACCUUGUUACUAUGCAAUGGUGGAAAGAACUAUGGCUAAAUGAAUCUUUUGCAACUUAUAUGGAAUAUUGGUCUAUAGACAAGUUAUUCCCAGAGUGGCAUGUGUUUACGCAAUUUGUACACGAUGAAAUUACACGCGCUUUUAAAUUGGACUCUCUUCGAAGUUCUCAUCCUGUUGAAGUGGAAGUUAAAAACGCCAAAGAGAUUGAUGAUAUUUUUGAUGCUAUCAGUUAUAGCAAAGGUGGGAGUAUCGUACGUAUGACCGUUAAUUUUAUUGGAGAAGAGGCUUUUCAAAAAGGUAUGUCCGCCUAUUUAAAACAUUUUGCUUAUGGGAAUGCCACAACAGAAGAUUUAUGGAAUUUUUUGGGAAAGGCGGCUGGAAAACCAUUAACACCCAUAUUGGAGUACUGGACAGGUAAACAAGGUUAUCCUUUUCUUACUGUGACUUUAUCAGAUAAUAAAGAGAGUCUUCAUGUAACCCAAAAUCGUUUUCUUGCUACUGGUGAUAUCACUGAAGAUGAAAACAAAACAGUUUGGAAAAUUCCUUUAUUGGUUACAAGGCCGGAAAAUCAGAUAUUAAAAACAAUUAUCGAAGAAAAAGAAAGUACUCUAUCCAUCCCUCAUUCAUCAUGGGUAAAAGUAAAUACUGAUCAAUCUGCUUUUUGUCGUGUUCUUUAUGGAAGUCAAGAAUUGUUACACAGUUUGUUACCUGCAAUUGCUGGAAAAUAUAUUUCUAAUAUUGAUCGUCUUAGUAUUGUCUCUGAUUAUCAUGCAUUCGCUCGAGCUGGUUAUUGUAGUGCAGUUGAGGUAUUAAAGCUUUUGUCAUCUUAUAUUAACGAAGAUGAUUACACUGUGUGGUGCUCAAUUGUGGAUUUUGAAACUGAUCUCAGAAUGGUGGUUUCAACUCAAGGUGGAGAUGUUUUAAAUGCAUAUAAUGCCUUUUGCCGAAGAUUAUACUCUGGUGCAAUGAAAAAAAUUGGUUUUACUCCUAAGCCUGGGGAUAAACACAGCGUAACUCAGUUGCGUGGUAUUCUCUUUAACCGCCUUGCAGUGGCAGAGGACGAAGAUACCAUAGCUCAUGCUGAGAAAUUAUAUGGUGAACGACAAACUACCCCAAUUCCCGCUGAUCUAUACUACACAGUAUUUGCUGUGUAUGUGAAAAAAAAUGGCGAUACCGCACUUGAAGAGGUAAAAAUGCUUGCAUCAACAGCCACAGAAGCAAUGGAGCGUUCAUAUUACCUUCGUGCACUUGCUUCUUCAAGAGUUAAUGGUGUAGUGUCUGAACUUUUCAAGUUUGCUCUCUCUGAUAAGGUUCGCAGCCAAGAUGUAAUUUAUUUACUUGGUGCACUUGCUUCUAACACUGAAAAAAUAAAAUUGUACGCAGAGGAACUUCGACGUGUAUGGAGUACACUCGGAGAAAAGCUGCCGGGACUUAUUCUUGGUCGUGCCUUGAAGUAUCUUGAGUAUGGUGCGGAUGUGACUGUGGCAGAUGAAAUGGAUUCCUUCUGGAAUAGCCUGGAUGAGAAAGCCAAGAUGGGCAUGUCGCGCAGCUUUGAACAGGGAAUUGAAGGACUUCGCAAUAAUGUGGCAUGGGUAACCCGAGACGCAAAGAAUGUGGUGCAGUUUUUGACGAGCAAAUAG